GACUUUUCGAUUAAUUUGUAAUGCCCAAAGAAUUGUCUGUAAUCUGUAAAUAGACGAGACGUUGCAUAUCCGCUCCCAAAUAGUCGGGCCGAAGAAGAAGAUGAGUAUUACGGGGCCGGCGGCGAUGCACAGUGUCUUCGUCUACGGCAGUCUCAUGGCGGACGACGUCGUUCAAUUGCUCCUCAACCGUGUUCCUCGCACCGCCUCCGCGAUCCUCCCUGAUUUCCAUAGAUUCAGCAUCAAAGGACGUGUUUAUCCCGCGAUUUUACCUGCUGAGGCCGAUAAAGUCCCUGGAAAGGUACUAUUUGGAAUCACAGAUGAUGAACUUUACAUUUUAGAUGAGUUUGAGGAUAUUGAUUAUGAAAGAAAGAACGUCCAAGUUUUGCUAACAGAUAGCUCAGAGAAACUUCAGACAAAAACUUACAUCUGGGCAAACAAAGAUGAUCCUGAUCUCUACGGUACAUGGGAAUUCGAGGAAUGGAAGCAACUUCAUAUGGAAGGUUUCUUGAAGAUGACUAAAGAAUUUGCAGAAGAGAUCAAAGCUACCCGGAAUCUGAGACAUGACUGAGUCAGAAGAUGAGAUCUGGUAUUGUUCAUCAAUGGAAAACACUAAGAUAAUGUAAAUAUAUAUCAUUGGUAUUAUUGAAAUCCUCUAGGAAGGGUUAAGAUUCUUCUUCUUCAUGAACGCAUACAUAUUUGCACCGGGGCUUUGUAAUGUUUCUUCAACUAAACGAGUUCAUGAGAAAACAGCUGCAGAUUUUUCUUGUAUGUUAUUAUUUUACAAAACAUGGUAUUAGCUUCGAUU